AUGACAGCUGUGCAAACCGAAGCCGAAACUAUUCUGGAAGUAAAAGACCUUUAUACCUACAUUUUCACCCGCAACGCCACGGUGAAGGCUGUGGACGGCAUUUCCUUCACUUUGCAUAAGGGCGAAACCUUGGGCAUCGUGGGGGAAUCGGGUUGCGGUAAAACCAUGACGGCACUGUCGCUGCUGCGAUUGGUACCUCGCCCGGCCGGCAAAAUUGUCGGGGGCGAAGUGAUCCUGAAUGGCGAAGAUGUCCUGCUGAAAAGCGAAGACGAGAUGCGCGACGUUCGAGGCCGCCAGAUCUCGAUGAUUCUGCAGGACCCGCAGACCUCGCUCAAUCCGGUGUUCACCAUUGGUAACCAGUUGCGCGAGGCCCUGGGGAUUGCCCACAAGGAAAACAAACGGUCGAUGUUGGGAAGGGCGGUUGGCGCCCUGCGUUCGGUCAACGUGGCCGCUCCCGAGCGUCGCCUGGAUGACUAUCCUCACCAGAUGUCUGGGGGGAUGAAACAACGCGUAGUCGGCGCCAUCGCGAUGUCGUGCGAACCUGGCGUAAUCAUUGCCGACGAACCUACAACCGCGCUUGACGUCACCAUCCAGCUCCAGUAUUUGCGGCUGCUGAAAGACAUUCAGGCGGAGACUGGACUGGCCAUCAUCUUCAUCACCCACGACUUUGGUGUGGUGGCGCGGAUGUGCGACCGGGUGGCGGUGAUGUACGCCGGGCGCAUUAUCGAACAAGGGAAUGUGCGCGAUAUUUUCAACGCACCGUCGCAUCCUUAUACGCAGGCGCUGAUCAACUCCGUGCCCAAGGAACGAUUACUAAUGGUAGUCGCCACCAACGAAAACCUGUUGGAAGUACGAGGACUCAAGAAAUACUUCCCGGUUACCAAGGGCCUAAUCAUGAUGAAGACUGUCGGCUACGUGCAGGCGGUCGAUGGAAUUUCGUUCAACAUCAAGCAGGGAGAAACCGUCGGACUGGUCGGUGAAUCCGGCUGCGGCAAGACGACAACCAGCAAGUUGUUGUUGCGUCUGGAAGUUCCUACAGAAGGCGAAAUCCUGUUGGAAGGGCAAGACAUCAGCGGCUUCCGCGGCGCUCAGUUGCAGGAAUAUCGCACCACUGUGCAAGCCGUGUUUCAGGAUCCGUGGUCGUCCCUGAGCCCUCGAAUGCGAGUCCGCGACAUCGUAGCUGAGCCGUUGAUCGUCAACCGGAACGUUACGACUAGUGAAAAGAACGAGCGCGUGGCUGAGGUGCUGAACCAGGUUGGAUUGCACCCAGAGCAAGCUAACAACUAUCCCCACGAGUUUAGCGGAGGGCAGCGUCAACGUAUCGCGGUGGCAUCCGCGUUGGUGUCUUACCCCAAGUUGAUUAUCCUGGACGAACCGGUGUCGGCGCUAGACGUUUCGAUUCGCGCGCAGGUAAUGAACCUGCUCAAAGACCUUCAGGAACAGUACAACGUCAGCUACCUGUUGAUCGCCCACAACUUGGCCACCGUGCGGUACAUGGCCCACCAGACGGCGGUGAUGUACCUCGGGCAAAUCGUUGAAUACGCUGACACCGAAGAGUUGUACGAAAAUGCCCUGCACCCGUACACCAAGGCGCUGUUCUCAGCGGCGUUGCCGUCCCAUCCUGACAUGAUUCGCGAGGACAUCGUGCUGCAAGGUGAGGUGCCUUCACCCAUCAACCCGCCCACCGGGUGCCGGUUCCACCCACGGUGUCCCUUCGCAAUGCCGCAAUGCUCGGAAGAAGUUCCCGUUGAGAAGGAAGUAUCUCCCGGCCACCGGGUGUCCUGCCACCUGUAUUAA